AUGGCCAAUCUCGAUACUCUACCUGUUGAACUUGUCACAAAAGUCGUGAGCCAUCUGUCACCUCAAGAUGUCAAAGCCUUGAGCUGCACCAGCUGGCUCAUGCGGCACGCUGUUGUUGGAGUUCUAUUCCAAACUCUCAUCAUUCCCUUCCCGCUGGCAUCUACUCAAGCUCUGGAGGAGCUCAUCCACAAGUAUCAAGACUUCAUCUCUACAGUCCACUUACAUGUCUCCUUUCAACCCAACAUUGAGGAAAAGCCCCACGACGGCCCUAUGCCCAGCAUAUGGGGGGUAGCUCCAACGGACACACUCAAGAAAAUCACGCAAGGCGAUAUUCUCAGAAAUGUCAGUUCUUUUGUCCUCGAGUUCAACGGGGCACAAUUUAAGGACCCUGGCUGGUGGGGUGAACCCGCUCCUUGGUCAGAUCCAAACUUGCCUGGCAGCAUUUUUGAGAAUGGGGAGAAUUGGGAUCAGAUACUGCAACAAGAACGGGAUUUUAUAUGGCGUGCUCAAUACAACGAGUUCAUGCGAGCUAUUUCAAUGAACCUAAAUAUUACGAACCUCAAGAUCGAAAACCUCAUUCCCAGGAACGUUUCUGCAUGGGAAACGCCAGAGUGGGCGUCUUUCCUGGGGAGGCUGCAGGUUUUAGAGAUUGGUGUCUUUAGCGGCGACGACGAUUUGUUGCACACCAAUCUCGGGUUCAUAGAGUUUAUCAGGAGUUUGCCGCAGUUCCUCAUGAGGCAUGCGCGAAACGUCAGGCGUCUUACUCUCGAAGCCAGCCCGGACGCUUUAUUUGGGGGAGCGUCUGCCAACUACUGCAUCCGUCUGCCCUUGAGGGAAGAUCACCUCCCCUUCCUCCGCUCACUCACGCUCAAGAAUAUCAUGAUCGGGCCUGAUCUGGUAGAGUUCCUCACGAGUCGAGUCGAUUGUUUUGAAGAGCUUGAGCUACAUGACUGUAUGUGCGACGAGCCUGAACCGGAGUACGGACCUGAUUGGGACCUGGAACCGGUGGCCUGGGCUGAUCUGUGGAGAGCCAUGAGGGAGAGCAAUAUGCGGCUUUUCAAGGUGUCUGUCGUGCAAAGCAAAACGCCUCCGCUUCUAUGGCAGGAGGGUAGUAGUGAGGAGGACGGGACCAGUGAAGAGUCUGUCUCGGCUGCAAGGAUUAGAAAGAUGCUGGAAGAGGAUAGAAGUUUGGUGGUGUGGAGAUAUGCUAGGGUUGAUUAUAAGUACGGUUGGAUCGUGGACCUGUCGGAUGAUAAUGUUAAAUAUUUUGAGGAGGGUGAGGAUCAGCGGGAAUACGUAAAGUUGUUGGAGGUGUUAGAGCAGAGGAGCAAGCAGCGAGGGUGA